AUGGUUGAGUUGCUAAUUAUGAGAUGAGACGAUGAUAACCAACCAAUGCGCACAUCGAAAACCUCGGAAUAUCUCAUAAAGGAAACGUUGGGAAAUUAUUUGAGGCAUGGUGUUUAUGUUGCAGAUCGCUGGUUCGGCUAUUUGGGCAGUUCAAAUUCGCAAAUGAGGGAUUCUGGAGCUUAUUUCAUGGAGAAGUCCUCCCGUACAGAACGCAAAGACUACGAAAAGGAACACAAUAGGUCUCCUCCACCUGAAUGGCAACCGAAGAUCGAUAAGGCUCGUUUACAACUGGGAAGGUUCGAGGAAAUGGAGAGCAUUCCGAAGCUUAUGGCCCGUCUAGGACAGUGUUUCACCCAAAGCAAGGUAUGUUGUGUACUCUUUCGUGGAUAUUAA